AUGGAAUUACAUGUAUGUAUCACUCAACAGAGUGAAAUCAUCCGCCACAGGGGAUAUCCAGCUGAAGAAUAUGAAGUAGUAACGCCAGAUGGUUAUAUCCUCAGUAUCAACCGAAUUCCUUAUGGCAGAAGAGAACCUUGGAACACAUAUAGAAAACCAGUUGUGCUUUUGCAGCAUGGCUUUGCUUUGGAGGGGAGCAGUUGGAUUAAAAAUAUGGAAAACAACAGUCUCGGGUUCAUGCUGGCAGAUGCAGGGCAUGACGUCUGGAUAGGGAAUAACAGGGGCAACUCCUGGUGUAGAAAGCAUCAAAAUGUAUCAGCUGACCAAGAACAAUAUUCCAAAUACAGUUUUGAAGAAAUGGCGAAAUAUGACCUUCCAGCAAUAAUCUAUUUUAUUGUAGAAAAAACUGGAGCCCCUAAGAUUCAUUUUGUUGGGUUUUCUCAGGGUGCUACUCAAGGCUUGAUUGCAUUCUCAUCUAUGCCACAUGUGGCUGAAAACAUAAGAAUGUUUCAUGCCUUAGCUCCAUUAAGUACCCUCAAAAAUUCUCAAAGUCCUUUUGUCAAACUGAUGUUCUUGCCUGAUAAAAUCAUAAAGUUUUUCUUGGGCAAAAGGGAUUUUUCCCUGAGAAGUGAGAUUAAGAGAAAAUUCCUUAAUAACAUAUGCAGCAAUAACAUCUUCAAGAAUUUCUGUUCUUGGAGCCUCUCAUUUCUUGGAGGAUCUGAUGAGACAAACCUAAACAUGAGUCGCAUUGAUGUCUACAUGUCUCAUUUUCCGGAUUCAACAUCUGUUCAAAAUUUGCUUCAUUGGGGACAGAUAUACAAAACAGGAAAAUUCAGAGCUUUUGAUUAUGGAAAUGGCAACAUGGAGAAAUACAACCAGACUGAGCCUCCAUCAUAUAACCUACACCUUAUGAGAGUCCCAACUACUGUAUGGUUUGGUGAAAAGGACUUGUUUGCUGAUCCUGAUAAUGUCAAAACUUUAAUGUGUCGCCUUCAGAAUGUGGUCUAUGAAAACAACUUAUCUAACUGGACUCAUUUUGAUUUCCUUUGGGGUCUUGAUGCCCCUGAGAGACUUUACAAACCACUCAUUGAAUUGAUCAGCCUACAUCCUUAGAACUAUAAUUUCCAUCUCCAGGUCUAUUAUAUUGUUUUUGUUUUACAAGGGAGGAUGGAGGGUGGGAUAUAGACAUUCCAAUACCAUUUAAUAUGCUUGAAAUAUAUUUUGAUUUGAGGCACAUAAUUCUUUUUUAAAAUAUCUUUAUUGAGGAGUUUUCAGUUUACUUAAAAAGGGGUUGACCAGGGAGGAAAGUCUAGGGAAGGUUAAAAAUUG